UGGGAGCAACCAUCAUGGACCAGAAAUCUCUCUGGGCAGGUUUAGUGAUCUUGCUGCUUCUGCAGGGAGGGUCUGCCUACAAACUCGUUUGCUACUUUACCAACUGGUCCCAGGACAGACAGGAUCCAGGAAAAUUCACCCCUAAGAAUAUUGACCCCUUCCUAUGCUCUCACCUCAUCUACUCAUUUGCCAGCAUCACUAACAACAAGGUCAUCAUCAACGACAAGAAUGACGCAGCACUUUACCAGACCAUCAACGAGCUCAAAACCAAGAAUCCCAAACUGAAAAUCCUUUUGUCCAUUGGAGGGUACCUGUUUGGCUCCAAAGGAUUCCACCCCAUGGUUGAUUCUUCAACAUCACGCUUAGAAUUUAUUAACUCCAUAAUUCUCUUCCUGAGAAACCAUAACUUUGAUGGACUAGAUAUAAGCUGGAUCUACCCAGAUCGGAAAGACAACACUGUUUUCACCAUGCUAAUUCAAGAAUUAGCAGAAGCCUUUAAUAACGACAUUGGAAAAUCUAGUCAAGAAAGACUGCUCUUGACUGCAGGUGUAUCUGCAGGGAGACAGAUGAUUGAUAACAGCUAUCAGAUCAAAACAUUAGCAGAAAAACUGGAUUUCAUUAACCUCCUGUCCUUCGACUUCCAUGGGUCUUGGGAAAAGCCCCUCGUCACUGGCCACAACAGCCCUCUGAGAAAGGGGCAGCUAGACAGAGGGACAAGCUCCUACUACAAUGUGGAAUAUGCUGUUGCAUACUGGAUACGUAAGGGAAUGCCUGCUGAGAAGAUCAUCAUGGGCAUCCCCACGUAUGGACAUUCCUUCACAUUGGCCUCUGCAGAAACUUCUCUGGGGGCCCCUGCCUCUGGUCCUGGAGCUGCUGGUCCCAUCACCAAGUCUUCAGGCUUCCUGGCUUAUUAUGAGGUCUGUCAAUUCCUGCAAGGAGCCAAGAUCACAAGGCUUCAGGAUCAACAAGUUCCUUUUGCAGUCAAGGGGAACCAGUGGGUGGGGUAUGACGAUGUGGAGAGUAUAGAGACUAAGGUUCAGUUUCUAAAGAAUUUAAACCUAGGCGGGGCCAUGAUCUGGUCUAUUGACCUGGAUGACUUCACUGGCAAAUCCUGCAAUCAAGGCCCCUACCCGCUUGUCCAAGCUGUCAAGAAAAACCUUGGCUCCCUGUGAAGGCUUACUUACAGCAGAAUAAGCAAGAUGACCCUGCCACCUGCUUCCUCUCCAGGAAUUUUCCUGUAGGAUUUCCCUCACCGUGAUGCCUCCAGAUCUCUCUUUUCCAAGCUUUCCCUGAAUUUCUCAGCCCUUAGAUAGGGUCUGCCUUUGUUUUUGUAUAGUUAUUGACUUACUGCC